GUGUCUUCUUGACCGUAUAAAAUAGGUCUCGUUCAGAUCUGCAUGCACAUCGGCUGUGAGAAAGCUGCUGACAAAAGCGAGAGAUGAGGACAUUAAUUAUCUUAGCUGUGCUGUUUCUAGGAAGUCAAAGCCAAGACGUCGAUUUCGACAAUGAGGGUGAAACUUUUGAACACGAGAUUUACAACAUGACCUUAAUAAGUAUUGGCACCGGAGACAAUGGGACAUUGGACGACAACGAGAAUUUUACAGACACCACUCGUUCCAUGUCACCAACGGUGGAUGGAAAUUUUAUUGUAGGAGGACGGACGGCGCGCAGGAGAGAACAGCCUUGGAUGGUGUCAGUCCAGAUCUACUACUACGGCUACUGGUACCACAUCUGUGGAGGCGCGCUGAUCCAGAGCCAUAAGGUGGCCGUGGCUGCUCACUGCAUGUGGCGCUGG